AUGGAGGUGGAAAGCGACCGACACGCGCUCGGAGGCGGGAUGGAGGCCGACGAGCCCGCCAGCCCCCAGGAGCCGCCGUCGCCGCCCCCGCCGCCGUCGCCGCCGUCCCCGGCUGCCCCCGACACCCCGGGGCCCCCCCAGCCGGAGCAGCCGACGGAAGCCUACGCCCGGCAGCUGCUGCUGGAGGAGUGGAGGCCCCCGGGCGGGAGCCUGGAGCUACCCCCGCGCCUCACCUGGAAGCUGCUCUUCCUGCGGCGGCCGCUCUACCGCAACCUGCUGCGUUCGCCCAACCCCGAAGGCAUCAACAUUUAUGAGCCAGCACCCCCUACUGGUCCCACCCAGCAGCCCCUGGAGACUCUGGGCAACUUCCGAGGCUGGUACAUUAGGACCGAGAAGCUCCAGCAUGACCGCAGCUGGACGGUGAAGCAGCAGUGUGUGGACCUUCUGGCCGAGGGCCUGUGGGAGGAGCUCCUUGACGAUGAGCAGCCAGACAUCACGGUCAUGGACUGGUACGAGGACAGCCGGCUAGACACGUGUGUCUAUGAGCUGCACGUCUGGUUGCUGGCAGCUGACCGCCGCUCAGUCAUCGCGCAACACCACGUGGCCCCCCGAUCCUCUGGGCGGGGCCCCCCCGGCCGCUGGCUCCAGGUGUCCCAUGUCUUCCGCCAGUACGGUCCUGGCGUGCGCUUCGUUCACUUCCUGCACAAGACCAAGAAUCGGAGGGAGCCUGGCGGGCUGCGGCGGACAAGGGUGACGGACUCCUCCGUGUCUGUGCAAUUCAGGGAAUGACUGGCUGUCCAACUCCCGGCCUGUUCUGACCUUUUGUCUCACUGGUCCAUAACGUGUGAUCCCUUAGCACCUCCCUGAUCUGUUAGCACUUCCCUGACCCUUUGCAUCUCCCUGACCCCUUAAUAUCUUCUUGUUCCUUUAUCUUGUUCCUUUUGGACCGCUUAGCAUCUCUUUUACCUCCCUGACCCUUAGAAGUCCCUGGCCCUUAGCACCUCCUUGACCCUCAGGAGUCCCUGGCCCUUAGCACCUCCCUGGCCCUUUAGCUCUGACCUGUUGUCUCCACACUUCCCUGAUGUGUGGAGAAGCAACCCCUGUUCCUUUCCCACCUUCAUGACCCUUCAGCUUCUCUUUGGUCACUUACCACCCCCCAGGCCCCUGCUUCCUGCCUGGCCCUUGAUUUCCCACCUGACAUCUUAACACCCCCUUGAAUGACAAACUUUGGUUUCUUCUGCGCUCUCUGAGCCCCGUGAGGGCUGAGGGCAGCAACUGCUUCUUCCCCAGUUAGUGCUCCGCAGACAGUAGGUGCCUCGUAAAUCUAAAUCGUUGGUGAUUGGUGAAUAAGUUCACAAGCGUGAGGAUGCUGAGCAUUUCCCUAGCCUUUGCUUCUCAGAAUGACACCGAGCUCAUAUCCCACAGGCACGUCCUGUAACCCUUAUCCUCCAGCACCUUGCAACGCCCGUGCCAUGUGCACUUCCCGCCACAACCUCUGGUCUCUUUAGUUAGCCCCAGUUUAUAGCCUCUUGGCCUUUCCACUGACCUCUCUGCUCCAAUUCUGUCCUCUCAGAUGCUCUCCACAUUCCCCUUCCCCCUCCAACCCCAAAUUCUCACCUCCCCCAGAGCUGGUCCCCAUACCUCUCCUCCCCACAAGACCCCCCCCAUUCCUCCAGAGUCCCCCCAGAGCCAUCAAGUUCUCCAUCAAGGGCCAUAAUCACUGGGGAUGGUGGUGGGACAGAUGAUAAACUUGAGCUACAAUUUUU